AUGUAUGCGUCGGGUAGUCGGCGAUGUUCGGCUGAUGGCGGCGACGAGCUGAGACCUCAGCGUGGCUCGUCGGGACGACGGGCUGAUGAUGCGCCUGAUGGUAUGACGACAAUCCAACGGAGAUCGGUGGCUGGGUUAGGUGGUCGGGCGAUGGUCUGUGGUGUCGAGAGGUUAGGUGGGGCACUGAAAACCGGCGGUGGCAGGUCGGAGGUGGCCCACCUGACCGGCAGCAACCGGUCACCGUGUUUCUUCCCGCGAAGGAAAAAUAAGAAAGCGUUUGCUAUUCUCACAGUCACACCCACACGGCCACACGCACAGAGUACCCUCGAGCGCUCGAGAUAUGGCGAAAGGAUUUUCUAUGAGCUUGAAUUUUUGAGCUAUCUAGGAUUUCUUGCACCCUGUUUUUACGUCAACCGUAAGUGAUGCCUUUGGAGGCUUUCCGUGAUCCACACAGUCCAUACCCAAGGUCUCUAAUUUUACCUGCUAAUUUGGAGGCUUUAGUCUCGCACAACGUGCUCAGAGACGAAGAACGCAUGAAUCCAAUUCUCCACAUGGCAGAACUGAAUCCAAAUUUCGGUCCAAAUAUUAUGAAUGCCACUCUAAUGGAAAGGUCUUCCAUUUUGAGACCCGCUUUGGCUACUGAUGCUGCUAUUGCAGCUUAUUUGCAGAGUCAUGGCAUCCGUAAUAUGGAGCCUUACAUCAGCCUACCUUCAACCCCCAUGUCAUUUUCUGGCAACAGCUUUAUGAAUGUUUUUCAAAAUGAUGAUACGUUUCCUCAUUUAUUUCAAGACGAACAGAAGGAGAAAAAAAUGCAGCAGCCAGGAAAUUUUAAAGGUCCUAAAGAGCUAUGCAAGACGAAACCGACUUCUCGGGCUUCAUCGUCUGCGAAAGUAAAGAAGGAGCGUGGCCCUCUUACACCAAGCCCAAAGAAAAAAAGAGUAGAUCAUAAUCAAGAGAACAUCCAGCAGCAGCAGCAGGAGGUUAUUGAUAAAUUAUUUUGGAAUGAGUUUCAAGCACGUAAUACACUGAUAACAACCAUGGCUGAGAAAUAUGGGCUUCAGAAUGAGCUGCAAAAGCCGAUUUUAUAUUCAUCUCCCCUGUUCAGGGGGUUUAAUUUGCCGCCACCGAAGCAGAUCAUGAGAAGUACUUUGCAGGAUCAGGUUAAUCUGCAAAUGGCUUUUAUGCCUUUUCUUGAAGGUGGUAUUUGUUCGAGGCGAUUGAAGCAGUACCUGUAUCAUCUGAGGAACAACACUCAUGACAAUAGCAUUUCCUACUGGCAAAAAUUUGUAUCAGAGUACUAUGCUCCUAACGCGAAGAAAAGGUGGUGUUUCUCUAACUAUGAAGAUGUACAGCUGCAGACAACUGGUGUUUUCAACUCAAAAUCUGUGGAGGCAGCAGGGUGCUGUGAAAUAUGUGGUUUACGAUCAGGCAAGGAACUCGAGGCAACUUUUGACAUAAUUCCGAGGCUGUUCAAGACGAAGUUCGAGAGUGGAAUGGUUGAUGAAAUUUUAUUUGUGGAUACGCCUCGAGCAUAUAAACAUUCAUCUUCUCUGGUGCUGGAAUAUGGGAAAGCCAUUCAGGAAAGCGUUUAUGAAAAGUUUCGUGUCGUUCAUGAGGGUAAACUUCGGAUUGUCUUCAGAUAUGACUUGAAGAUAUUAUCUUGGGAAUUUUGCUCACAAAAACACGAGGAGUUUCUGCUUCGUAGAUGGAUAACUCCCAAGGUUAAUCAAUUGAUGCAUGAAUGCCAGGCAUUUCAAAAUGACAUUCAGAGAGAUGCAUCUUUUAGGGUCUCAUCAGCGAAUUUGCAAACACUUUGUGAUACAUUUGUUUCAGCUGGGAAUCAACUAGUAAGAAAUAUGGAAACGCCACUGGUGGAUGACUUGGGAUAUCCCAAACGAUUUGUUAGGUGCUUGCAGAUAGCUGAAGUGAUGGAUAGCAUGAAAGAUGUCAUGAAUCUGAGUCUUGAGACUGGAAUUGGACCAAUAGAGUGCUUCAACAAUAUCUGCUUUCGAGGCACCAAGACUCCUUACCAGACACGUGCUCAAAAUCUAUCACCAUUCCCCGAUCAGCCUAGCCCGGGAUUUCAUGCAGAUAUUUGUCAACUUUCCGAAAACAGCUCCAUGUCAGAUGCUGGAAGCUCAGGACUGCCUUUUGUGAGACAAAACUCUUCUGCUGCCUCUGUGAGGCGAAUAGGACAAGAAGAGCCGAGCUUGACAGGUCAUUCCAGCCGAGCUGCUCAAUCUUCAGACUCCUCCUCCCGUGCAAAGAACCCUCACCAAGCUGCAGUCGAAAAGUUGCUUCAUGAGAUGGUGUCUGCAAACAGGGUCAAGACUGUGAACAACAAAUAUGAAACUGUGCAAAAACCGAACCAAAUGUGUGGGAAAAGGAAAGGGCCAUUUUAUGGCGAAAGCUCUAUUGCUCCGAAUCCGGCAAAUGCUGCAUCAAGAAGAACUAAUGUACACCUCUCUAAGCCCGUUAGCCGGAGUGUAACGGUUAAAUCAGAACCAUGUUCGCCGGAGCUGCUGCCGGAAGCUUUUCAGAGUUCGGAAUUAGGGUUUAUUAAAUUCGAGGACAUGGAUGCAUGAGACAGUGUCUUUAUGCUAUUUUGGUAUCUCCAAAGAAACAAUCAAAACUGGUUGCACUUUUUCACAGAGGGAUUGUGUGUGUGUAAUGUUUUGAAAGGGUGGAGGUGAGUUUUGUGAUGCUUUUGAAUGAUGAGAAGCAGUUAAGUUCUUUAAUCUUUAGGACUACAUUUUUUUGCCUAGGUAAAAAACCGGCUUCUCUUGUCCAUGUGAUGAAAGUUGAAAAUAUCCUAUUACAACUGAUACUAUGUUACAUGAAAAAUAGGAUUUGAUUUAUCUGUCGAAUGAGAAAAAGGAACAUAGAAUUUAUAUUCUAGUGUUGUGCUCGCCUGCUCGGUUAUUGGAUUGUGGACAAUGGAAUUGUGGAAUACUAGGUGUGGUAUACUUAGAGUUCCUUUGAUAUUUUAGCUGAAAUGCCAUGUUCUCAUAG